ACUCAGAGUUGUUAAAGUUUUCAAAGCACGGCAGCGGCUCUUGGGGAAAAGGAAGCGAGUUGGAGGGAGCCUGGCCAGCCGAGGAUGGAGGAUCGCGCUCAGCUGAACUCAGCUGGGGUUCUGUGCUCAAGGCAGGAAUUCUGACACUCCCAAGAGACUGGAUCUGCCUCCUUGGCUCAGCUCACCCUACCAUGCAGAAUUUGCCCCUCCAGAUCAGGAUUGGAGUUUUAAAAUAAAAUGGAUGAUUUGACGUUACUUGAUCUUCUGGAGUGCCCCGUGUGCUUUGAAAAGCUCGACGUCACAGCUAAAGUCCUCCCUUGCCAGCACACCUUCUGCAAACCAUGUCUCCAGAGGAUUUUCAAGGCCCACAAGGAGCUGAGGUGCCCCGAAUGCAGGACCCUGGUGUUUUGCAGCAUCGAGGCUCUGCCAGCCAACCUGCUGCUCGUGCGUCUUCUAGAUGGUGUGCGCUCAGGGCAGAGCUCUGGAAGAGGGGGCUCCUUCCGCAGGCCUGGUGUGCUGACCUCGCAGGACAGCAGGAAAAGCGGGACUAACCCCAGAGGUCUGCAGUCCAGCCCUUUCCGACUGGUGCCUAAUAUCAGAAUCCACAUGGAUGGGGUGCCUCGAGCAAAGGCCUUAUGCAACUACCGAGGGCAGAAUCCUGGUGACCUGAGGUUUAAUAAGGGAGAUGUCAUCCUUCUCCGGAGACAGCUGGAUGAGAACUGGUACCAGGGGGAGAUCAAUGGAGUCAGUGGCAUCUUCCCAGCCAGCUCCGUGGAAGUCAUCAAACAACUUCCCCAGCCACCCCCACUCUGCCGGGCCCUCUACAACUUCGACCUACGAGACAAAGACAAGAGUGAGAACCAGGACUGCCUGACCUUCCUCAAGGAUGAUAUCAUCACUGUGAUCAGCCGAGUAGAUGAGAACUGGGCAGAAGGCAAGUUAGGGGAUCAAGUAGGCAUCUUCCCGAUCUUGUUUGUAGAGCCAAACCUCACUGCAAGACACCUCCUAGAGAAGAACAAAGGCCGGCAGUCAGCCCGCACAAAAACCCUGUCCCUGGUGCCCUCAUCCUCCCGAGGCAAAGCAAACAACACGCCCACCCUCCGCAGGGGCCCUGGAUCCAGGAGGAAGGGACCUGGACAGUUCUCCAUCACAACAGCCUUGAACACUCUCAACAGAAUGGUUCAUUCUCCCUCUGGGCGCCAUAUGGUAGAGAUCAGCACUCCGGUGCUCAUCAGCUCCAGCAACCCUUCUGUGAUUACCCAGCACAUGGAGAAAACAGAUGUUCCUCCCAGCUCUGUGGGACAGGUCAGCACUUACCACCCUGUACCCGCCUCCCCAGGACAUUCCACAGCCAUCGUCAGUCUUCCUGGAUCCCAGCAACACCUCUCCGCCAACAUGUUUGUAGCCCUGCACUCCUACUCAGCCCAUGGACCCGAUGAGCUGGACCUGCACAAAGGAGAAGGCAUCAGGGUCCUGGGGAAGUACCCAGACGGCUGGCUCAGGGGUGUCUCCUUGGUCACUGGGCGGGUCGGCAUCUUCCCCAACAACUAUGUCAUACCCAUUUUCAGAAAGACAUCUAGUUUUCCAGAUUCUCGGAGUCCUGGUCUCUACACCACAUGGACAUUAUCCAACUCCUCUGUGUCCUCCCAAGGCAGCAUUUCAGAAGGUGAUCCCCGGCAGAACCGUCCCUUCAAGUCCAUCUUUGUGCCCACCGCCAUUGUCAACCCUGUGAGGAGCACAGCCAACCUGGGGACUUUAGGACAGGGCUCUCUUCGGAAAUCCGGGCGGAGCAGCAUGAGAAAGAGUAAGUGGUGGCAGAGAGAUGGAUCCCUGCAGAGACCUGCCCAGUCAGGGAUCCCCACCCUUGUGGUGGGCUCCCUCAGACACAAUCCCACCAUGGUCGUUCGGCCUCAGCAGUUCCAGUUCCACCAGCCACAGGGGGUCCCCUCCUCACCUUCGACAGUGGUGGCAGAGCUGGGACCUAAGCCCACUCCCACUGGAGAGCCUGCCCUCACGUGCGUCAGCAGGGGCAGCGACACCAGGAUCCGCUCAGCAGCCAGUUCCCUCAUCAUGGAAGGCAAGGAAAUCCCCAUCAAGAGUGAGCCUCCACCUAAACCACCUGCAUCUGCCCCACCAUCAAUCCUGGUGAAACCAGAAAACUCAAGAAACGGCAUUGAAAAGCAAGUCAAAACCGUGAGAUUCCAGAAUUACAGCCCUCCUCCUGCCAAGCAGUACACCUCCCAUCCCACCUCAGGAAAGCCUGAACAGCCUGCCACCCUGAAGGGGUCCCAGCCUGAAGCAGCCCCCUCAGGCCCAGAGAUGACCGUCCUAUUCGCCCACCGAAGCGGCUGCCAUUCUGGACAGCAAACAGACCUCCGAAGGAAGUCAAGUUUGGGCAAGACCAUGACCCCGGUGCCCGCUGCCUCGGCCACACAGACUAUGUUCCCCAGCAAAUGAAUCUACAGGUGGCUUUUCCCAGACCCCAAAGAGAUUCUGAAAUCUCUUUCACUUUCACAGACCCUGCCUUGGUCAUCUUCCCAGGAGGAGCUAGCAACAGUUGGGAGACCAAAGAGAACAAAUCAUCUCCUUGGAUGGAAACUGCUCAAUGGAGAGUUUGUGGGCCUUGUGAUGUGAUAUUCCUUGGACGUCAGGGGUGGUACCAGAAUACCAACAGGCUGGCUUCUGGGACAGAAGGGCAAUAGGAGAAGAAAAAAAUUUGUCUUCAACCAGCGCAUCAGUGGGUGGUGGGUCAGGUUGGGGAACAGCACGUAAGCUGCUCCAGGUUACCACAGACUCCCCACCCUCCUGUUACUCUGUUCUGUUGUCCAAGCCAAACUUUAUCUUGACAACUUCUCACACCUUGGCACCUAACUGACAAAUGAAAAGACUGGACAUCAAAUUCCUUCCAGCUCUGUACCUGGCCAGUCCCUGCAGCUCACAUUUGGAACAGUGGAGGCAGGGGAUGGUAUAAGAUUCUCCUCUUAGAUAGUCAAGCCAGAGAGGCCAGUGCUUCUUCACAACACCCCUAGCUUUGACUCCCUCUCCUGACUCCCACCAAUCAUCCUGAGCCCUUCCACCACACCUUUGUUCUUUUUCCAUCUGAUCCCAUGCCAUCUUUUCCCCCCGACACUGUCUGAUCAAGAGGGUUUCUUUUAGAACAUACUGAUUAAGGAAAUGAGGACUUAGUACAUAAAGAAUUCCAGAAGAAAAAAAAUCCAUGAUGUAAUAAGAGAGCUACCACAGACUACAGAGAGGCUAUUUGAAGUCUAAAGAUAUAAAAUCAGUUACAACCAUGCAUUCUUUUUUGUUCAGAAAUAAGUCGUCUUAAAGGACUGGUCAUUAGAAGAUCUCCUAUGUCUGGUUUCAAAAAACUCUAAAAUACAAAUUUUACACCCAACAUGGGAUUCAGACUCACAACCCUGAGAUCAAGAGUUGCAUACUCUCCCACCUGUGCCAGCCAGGUGCCCCUACCUUAAACACAAAUUUUAAAUUAUCUGUAUUAAGCAGAGCGAGCCAUGGAACCAAUAAAUGCGAUUCAGAUGUACCCUGAGACUCUUCAAGCCAUACAUUUUCAUCUCCUCCCCUAUCUUAAGACAUCGAUGAGAAUUUCAUUUUUAAAAGCACAUGCCACCCCGAUUAUUAAAGAUAAGGACAAGAACACAGCAGCAUUUGGAUAUGUUGGUCGUUUAAAAGUUCAGGAUGAUAAUUUCGCUCUGAAAAUUAGGCUUUCAUGCAGUCCUGUUUGUAAGCAGCAGCAAGCAGCAGCCAAACCAUGAGCAGAGUAAGGAAUUUAUUUUGUGGUUAAAGGAAUGUUUUCUGCUAUGUGAAGCUGCCACAUGCAGGACUCAAACUAGCACCGCUCUCUUAAUUAAAUGAGCAACCUGGACUUUUUAACCACACCCUACCCUCAGUUAACCCCAGAGGAAAGUGAUAAUAAGCACCAGCAACCUCAAAGUAUUGGCUUUAUCUGCCAGGUGGUGAGUGAGAAGCUAAGAGGUAUGGAGAGACCACAGAAAGGAUAAUUCAAGGAUGACACAGCCUCUCACACAUGGUCAGUGAUUCUGUUGCCAGUUGUCUGUCAUCCCUUUUAACUACUCUGACUCAAUGUUGGCUCCAUUUCCUCUGGGAUGCAUUCAGGUUUGGUUGGCUCCUAGCCCAGCAGCAAAGAAACUAGAGAUGCUGCCUUCAGACUCUGGGAUCUACUUGUCACUACCAUGAGGCCUUACAGCCCACCAAUACAUAGGUUUCAGUGACUUCAUUUUCCAGAGAAAAGUCAUUUGAAUUCAGAGAAGGAAUUUUACUUUUAUAGAUGAUAUUUGGAAAGGUGAAGUAUAGGCAAGCUGCCCACACAGAAGCAUGUUGUAUAAACUAGGGAGUUGGGGUGAGGGGUGGACACACAACAACGUUUAGUCCCCAAAAACCAUUAGACCAUAUUAGCUAAUUACAGCCUUGUGUUCAAGAGCCUCUCAUUCCCAUUUGCUGUUUCUCACAUUUUCUUUCUUCUUCCUCUCCCAUUGAGGCAACAGGAGAUCACCACUCCUAAUUUGUACACUUGCUGUUUUUUAAGUCUCUGGGAACUUUCCAUGACUUACCAAGUGGAAGGUUUUAUGGAAAUGUAGCUUUUCCUUUGACUCUGCUUAGCCAAUAGACCAAAUAUUUUUUUAAAAAACCUCAGUGAAACAUCUGGUUUGUUUCCAACCAAACAGGAGCUUAAGAAAAGCACCACCACCCACCCGUUUCCUAAAGUUUUCAUCUCUGAACUGUCAGUUCCACCAUAUGGAUUCCAAAACAUCAUGGGCCAAAAAGCAGUGGAAGGAGUGUGGAAGGGGUGGGGAAGCGGUGAGGAUGAAGUAGAAUGGUCAGAAUGAGGUCAGCCCAGAAAUUUACCCUAGAAUAGUUUGCUAACCAGAGUCUGGGUUUCAUCUUCUGGAAUUGUUUCUUCUUAUUCCAUGUGGCUCGGGGAGGGGUGCCGUUUAGGGGAAAAAGUGGAAAGACAAAAUGGAAGGGGAGAAAAAUUCACACCUCCAUGGAAAUGUAAGCAGAGAACCUAUAGACUCUUGUGUCAUGUUUGGUUUUUUUUUUUUUAAGUACAGUGUUUUUAAUAGACCAAAAGAGAAUCUUUAUGAGGUAAUACGUAUGUGAAUGAUGUUUAUAAAAUAGGAUGUAAUAUCUUAACCAUUAUGGACUAUUGUAUAAGCUUAGAUAUAUAAAAUAUAGGAACCUACAAAAAUUAUUUUAUAGAGCAAUGGACACUUAAGGACUUCCAAAGUUUUCAUAUCCUUGUUCCAAAAAAAAAAAGAAAAGAAAAGAAAAGAAAGAAAGAAAGAAAGAAAGAAAGAAAGAAAGUUCCAAAGCUGGCAGCUUAUUUCCUUAGUAUAUUCCACUGUAAAGGCAAGAAGUGUGGUGGGGUUUUAUGUGUUUUCUAGUUUUGUAAUUUAUGAUUGUCUAUAUGGAUUGCUUUGAAAUGUCUAUUGCUUGUGUGUUAGUGUUGUUCGCCCACAUGGGAGUCAUCAGAGAUCCAUUCCACACUUUGCAUCUUGGAAAACCAAAAGGAAUUUUCUGGUGGAAAGAAAAAUUCACAGAACAUGUCUUCACUGUUGGGAAACCCUCAGAUCUGUACCACUGACAGCUCUUUGCAAGUCUGAGGAAAUGGGAAGUUUAACACCAGAGUUGUUGUCUCUCACCUAAAUAUUGGAUGUUGGCUAACUUUUCUCUUGGGAAGAAAGCAUAUAUUUUUAGUAAGUCCUUUUUUUUCUUGCACUUGACAUGGUCUAGAGGAAACCAGAAGUCAGGGCCCUAAGCUGCAUUGCCUCGGGACCACUCUCCACCAUAGUUUUCAAAGAACCGUCCACAUAUCAAUUCUGUUCUCUGUUCCGUGCUUCACUGGCAGAACCAGUGCUCUCUGGAGCCUAGUUUUGUUUGGGUUUGUGGUUCUAAUGAGGAGUUGAGUUUGCUCUUUACCGGCCAGACUGAGGAAAGGAAGCCAAGGGAGACAGGCAUUCCCUGGCUGGACAGGUCCACCUGUACCUCCCACCAGCACAGGAGACCCACACCAGAGACCAGGGCCCGCAGGACCGUCUGCCCUCCACCAGGGAAGGGCCCAUCAUCCAAAGUGAGGACAAUACCCAAGCCUCCUUCAUCAGAAAUGCAUACUGUCCCCAGCUGCAAGCUUGGGAAGCCCGAUGUGUGUUUUAGCAUGAACAAUAAAAUUGGUUUAG